AUGGUGAAUGCUGGGGAUACACGUUCUCAAGUGCUUCAAGAAAGCCUUCAUCAGUUGGGGGUGGAGAAGCUUAGUAAAGAUGAUGUUCAGAAGAUACAAUGGGAGGUCUUGGAGCUUAAAAUCGGGACUUGGAUUCAUUUUAUGAGAAUUGCAGUGAAAUUAUUGUUUGCAGCAGAGAAAAAAGUUUGUGACCAAAUGUUUGAAGGCAUCGAGUCCCUUAAAGAUCAGUGUUUUGCUGAAGUUACAAAAGGUAGUGUUGCGAUGUUACUAAGUUUUGGAGAUGCAAUUGCUAAAAGCAAAAGAUCACCAGAAAAGUUGUUUGUGCUUUUGGACAUGUAUGAGAUUAUGCGUGAGCUUCACUCUGAGAUUGAAUUGCUUUUUAGUGGUAAAGCUUGCAAGGAAAUCAGAGAAGCUGCAGUUGGUUUAACGAAACGACUUGCACAAACAGCGAAAGAGACAUUUGGAGAUUUUGAAGAAGCAGUUGAAAAAGAUGCAACAAGAACUGCUGUUGCAGAUGGAACUGUUCAUCCUCUCACAAGCUACGUCAUCAACUACGUCAAAUUCUUAUUCGACUAUCAAUCAACACUGAAGCAACUUUUCCAAGAGUUUGAAAAGGGAGACGAAUCAAACUCUCAACUUGCAUCUGUAACAAUGCGAAUCAUGCAGGCUCUUCAAACCAAUUUGGACGGAAAGUCAAAGCAAUACAAAGAUCCGGCGUUGACCAACUUGUUUCUUAUGAACAACAUUCAUUAUAUGGUCAGAUCCGUUCGCAGAUCCGAAGCAAAGGAUUUGUUAGGGGAUGAUUGGGUACAACGACACAGAAGAAUCGUACAACAACAUGCUAAUCAGUAUAAAAGAAUCGCAUGGGCAAAGAUCUUACAGUGUCUGUCGAUUCAAGGGUCAACUUCAUCAGGAGGUGGUGAUGGAGGAAACAGUAGUGGGGCCUCACGAGCUCUUAUAAAGGAUAGGUUAAAGAUUUUUAAUCUUCAAUUUGAGGAGCUUCAUCAAAGACAAUCUCAGUGGACUGUUCCUGAUUCAGAGCUCAGGGAAUCAUUAAGACUUGCGGUUGCUGAAGUCUUGCUGCCUGCUUACAGAUCCUUUAUUAAGCGUUUUGGGGCACUUGUUGAAAAUGGGAAGAAUCCUCACAAGUAUAUAAGGUCAAAGUUGAAGCUGAUGUCAAAGGCGCGAGUGUCCCUCCCUCAGUAUGUAAAUCAAUCGGCCAUGGCGCAACCACUUUCUUACUCAUCGUUUAACUUACCGGAAUCCUCCAUGGAAACAAACUCUAAAGAUUCACAGGAACCAAAAAAAGAUCAACACAAGGAAACAGCUCGUGAUAUUGAUCCAUUGAAGAAGGUGUCUGAUGAUAUACUUCCUCAUAUCCUCAACCUGUAUGGAUCAUGUGCCUUACCUCGAGAUUUUGAAAUCUAUGCUCCUGAUGCUUCAUUUGAAGAUCCACUCAUGUGUGCUCAUGGGGUGAAGCAAAUCAAGUCAGCUUUUUAUUCUCUUUCAAAGGUGUUUAGUGAGUCAAGAAUUGUAGAGUACAACAUCAAAGAAAAUAUACUUCCUCAUGGAAGAAGAGAGAUAGUCAUUGACAACAAGCAAUACUACAAGUUCAUGGGAAAAGAUAUUGAUAUGAUAUCACUCAUUAAGCUUUAUGUAGAGGAUGGGAAGGUCAUUCGCCAUGAAGAUUGGUGGAACAAGAAGCCCCUAUGGAAUAGAGAUACUUCUAAUGUGCCACUGGUUGGACGAAUUAUAGAGAUGGCUCGAAGGGGUUCCAUGCUGGCAACUCAUGCUAUGAUGAAAUUUGGGAAGGACCCAACGUCAUAAUCCUCUCCAUAAAGGGCAACAUUGUCAUUUUGUAUGAUAUAUUAUAUAUGUGUGUGCAAUAUUAGUUUUUUUUACAUGAUUUACAAACUUCUAUAGAGUAUGAAUUCCAGGCUUUAACCGGUUGUGGUGAAGAAAAAAAUUGAUAACUGGUGUAACGGGGUCUUUGUAAUCUGUUAAUAGGGUUGGGGAUUUUAUAACUUAUUUUUUAAUCUUUUUAAUAAAACUUAUUAAUAAGUAUAGUUUAUUAUCGAGGAAAAACAAACCUAAAAAACGAUCUUGCUAGUUGCACC